GAAUGUCAUGCCCGAGCAAUUAGGGCAAAGAACAAUAAAGAUGGCAACAAUAAACGUUCAACACAUGAAUGAUGGCAAUGGAGAUUCAAGUUAUGCAAGCAAUUCCUUUCUUCAGGAACAUGCGAUACGAAGAGCGUUACCUUUUUUAAAACAUGCAAUUAAGGAUAUGGCUAAUCAUGAUGUCUUCUUCAAAAACGAUUGUUUCAUGAUAGCAGAUUUAGGAUGUUCCUCUGGCAUGAAUACUCUAUUGGUAGCAUCUAACAUUAUUAAUAUACUCCAUGAGGUGUGUCACGAAAAUAAUCGUAAAACACCACAGUCUCAAGUGUGCUUAAACGACUUAUUUGGAAAUGAUUUUAAUAAUCUUUUUAAGUUAUUACCCGACUUUUAUGACAAUCUUAAGAAGGACCAGGGAGAAAGUAUUGGCGGUUGCUUUGUUUCAGUUGUUCCAGGUUCCUUCUAUGGUAGACUCUUUCCUGACAAAAGUUUGCAUUUCGUUCACUCCUCUUAUAGCAUUCAAUGGCUUUCUCAGGUACCUGAAGGUCUUGAAAGUAAUAAAUUAAACUUAUACAUUUCGAAAACAAGUUCGCUUAAUGUACUCCAAGCAUAUGGAAAGCAAUUUCAUGCCGACUUUACAAAGUUUCUAGAAUUGCGCUAUGAAGAAAUAGUAUGCGGUGGACACAUGUUUAUAACGUUACCUGGGCGAAGUAAAGUUGAUCCAGCUAGUGAUGAUUGUUGGAGUCUAUGGGAUUUACUAACAAAAUCACUUCUUGAAUUGCUAAAAGAGGAGCUGAUUCGAGAAUCAGAUAUUAACUCAUUCAAUUUUCCAUUUUAUCUUCCAUGUGAGGAUGAAGUUAGGAACAUCAUUCAAGAUAAUGGAUCAUUUUCUGUUGAUAACAUGAAUGUUUAUGAAGUAAACUGGGAUCCAGAUGAUACCGAUUACACAAAUAUGGAUGAUUUAAACUUAGAGCAUAACCACAACCAAGGGAUAAACACAACAAUGAAAAACACCGCAAAAGUGAUUAGAGCUAUUACAGAACCAAUGUUGACUUCUCAUUUUGGGAGUUCCAUAAUUGAUGUGCUAUAUAAGAAGUACGAGAAGCAUGUGGAAGAACGUUUAGCUACCAAGAAAACAAGACAAUUUACUAUUGUCAUUUCAUUAACCAAAAAUGAAUAAUAUUAGCAAGUGUUAAAUUCACUUAUACUGAUGAGGUGAAUUCUAUCAUUAAAUACAUCAUGAUGUUCAGAAGGUCUAUUUGGUUUGGUUAUCAUACCUUUUAUUUAUUUUGGUUUUAUUUGGAAAUUAUUUCAAAUAAAUUUACUUAUA